GGCAGAAGGCAGACCACACCGGAACGGAAAAGGAAAGAAAAAGGCAAAAGGCAAAAGGCAAAAGGCAACCCGAGCAGGAAGCGUAGAGACAAAUUGCAGCUGCAAAAAGUGCAACAGCCAGUGCCGAGUCCCAGGCCAGGCCCAGGCGAGACCGAGCUGAGGCUGUGGAAGAAUGUUCAGUGCAAGACACAUACGGCAGCUUCAAGUGGCAACUGUGGCAGCAGCAGCAGCAACAGCAGCAGCAAGCACAACUGGAUAAUAGUCCUGCGGCAAUUGUAGUAUUCCUGCGCCGAUGGUUGCUGGUUGCAGUUGUAGCAGAGAGCAACAGUCGCGUCAAAGCAUAAGAAAAAUUCACCAAAAACCACAGCAAGCCGCAAGGAGAAACCGAAGCCUUAAGCCCUUACGCCGCAGACGUAAUCAGAGCCAAAUCUGCUGCCAGCUGCCAGCUGCUGGCCACUUUGGUGUGACGUCACAGCGUCAAGUAGGACACCGCACGGCGCAUACGCUUCCGGCGCUGUCGCGCAUCCGCGUCAUGGCAUCCUCCACACAGCACAGCAGCCUCCUCAAUGCGCUCCCCGCGGCGCUGCUGCUCAUACUUUCGCUGCAGCUCUCCGGCGUCUGCGGCGUCAUCGAUCGCCUGGUGGUGCAGACAUCAUCCGGCCCGGUGCGCGGCCGCUCCGUCACAGUGCAGGGCCGCGAGGUGCAUGUCUACACGGGCAUCCCCUAUGCCAAGCCGCCGGUGGAGGACCUGCGCUUUCGCAAACCGGUACCGGCGGAGCCCUGGCACGGCGUCCUAGACGCCACACGUCUAUCGGCAACCUGCGUCCAAGAGCGCUACGAAUACUUUCCGGGCUUCUCCGGUGAGGAGAUUUGGAAUCCCAACACAAAUGUCUCUGAAGAUUGUCUGUACAUCAAUGUUUGGGCGCCGGCCAAGGCGCGUCUACGACAUGGCAGAGGCGCCAAUGGGGCAGAGCACUCGGGCGCCAAGCCAGCGGACACGGAUCAUCUCAUCCACAAUGGUAAUCCACAGAACACGACCAAUGGCUUGCCCAUUUUGAUUUGGAUCUAUGGCGGCGGAUUCAUGACCGGCUCGGCCACCCUGGAGAUCUACAAUGCUGAUAUUAUGGCAGCGGUGGGCAAUGUGAUAGUCGCGUCCUUUCAGUAUCGCGUGGGUGCGUUUGGCUUUCUGCAUUUGGCCCCGGAAAUGCCCGCAGACUUUGCCGAGGAGGCACCCGGCAAUGUGGGCCUGUGGGAUCAGGCGCUGGCCAUACGCUGGAUCAAGGAUAAUGCGCACGCCUUUGGCGGCAAUCCCGAGUGGCUGACGCUGUUUGGGGAGUCGGCCGGGUCCAGUUCGGUGAAUGCUCAGCUAAUGUCGCCGGUGACGCGGGGCGUGGUCAAGCGUGGCAUGAUGCAGUCCGGCACCAUGAAUGCACCCUGGAGUCACAUGACCAGCGAGAAGGCUGUGGAGAUUGGCAAGGCGCUGAUUAAUGAUUGCAACUGCAAUGCCUCCAUGCUGAAGACCAAUCCCGCUCAUGUGAUGAGCUGCAUGCGUGGCGUCGAUGCCAAAACCAUUUCGGUGCAGCAAUGGAACUCGUACUCCGGCAUCCUCAGCUUCCCAUCGGCACCGACCAUUGAUGGUGCCUUUCUGCCCGCGGAUCCCAUGACACUGAUGAAGACGGCGGAUCUCAAGGACUACGACAUACUAAUGGGAAAUGUCAGGGAUGAGGGUACCUACUUCUUGCUGUACGAUUUCAUCGAUUACUUCGAUAAGGACGAUGCCACAGCCCUGCCACGCGACAAGUAUCUGGAGAUUAUGAACAACAUUUUCGGCAAGGCAACGCAGGCGGAGCGAGAGGCCAUCAUAUUCCAGUACACCAGCUGGGAGGGCAAUCCGGGCUAUCAGAACCAGCAGCAAAUCGGACGCGCUGUGGGCGAUCACUUCUUCACCUGCCCCACCAACGAGUAUGCCCAGGCGCUAGCCGAGCGAGGCGCCUCCGUGCACUACUAUUACUUUACACAUCGCACAAGCACCUCGCUGUGGGGUGAGUGGAUGGGCGUGCUGCAUGGCGAUGAGAUUGAGUACUUCUUCGGCCAGCCGCUGAACAACUCUCUGCAGUAUCGACCUGUGGAGCGUGAGCUGGGCAAGCGUAUGCUCAGUGCGGUCAUCGAGUUUGCCAAGUCCGGCAAUCCCGCACAAGAUGGUGAGGAGUGGCCAAACUUCUCCAAGGAGGAUCCCGUCUACUACAUAUUCAGCACGGAUGACAAGAUCGAGAAACUGGCACGUGGCCCCCUGGCCGCACGCUGUUCCUUCUGGAACGAUUACUUACCGAAAGUCAGGAGUUGGGCAGCAUUUGCGCAGCAGAUAACCCGUGUGGCAGCCUCAACAUUUGUCUAUUUGCGGACCUGGCUGAUCAGUGCCUAAAAUGGAGUUGGUACCCUGUGCCCUUUACGACUUAAGAGUUAACCGAAUGCACCUUCCAAAUACUCACUUCCACAAGAAACCAAGAAAAGCAACGGAAAGUCUGAUUGAAUGAUAGGUAGGAUAAGGCUAAGGACUGGAAAUAGU